AUCACAGCGAUACAUUAGUCCCCUAUCGGCUCGGUCACGGAACGCACGCGCCCCGGGCAACCACACACCCGAAUCACCCGAAACCCGUACCGAAGAUUGGACGCGUGCGCGAAGUCGUCGUGCGGCAAUCCGUUCCAUUCCUUCCCGAAAGUUGACACGCGCGCACCGGCCCGCCCCAUUGCGCAUAGCGUCACGCGACUGCGUGUGUUGAUUUCUAACUCGCCAACUUUUCGCCAACUGAUAAACACACCCUUUGCUUUGGCAAUCGCGGGACCAAGUUCUCGCUUCGCUUUCAGUGGUGUUUGCUGUGUGCGUGUGUGUUUGUUUGUGUGGUGUUUGUGCAAAGUGAAGAUAGGCGCUUCCCCCACUGCGCUGUGUUGAACGGAACGCGACACAACGGAUCGUUCACGGAUUGUUUUAUCAGCAGCUGCCUGUCUUAUAUCAGUGCCGGGGCAGAUAUGAAUGAUACAACGCACAAGGAAGCGUACGUGCGGGAUGUGCUGAUACCGGGGAUGGUGGCACGCGGCCAGCUUUCAUUCAACGAGCCGGUUCCGGCAGGCGUUAAGACGCUGCUGAAAUCGGUCGAAGUUAAGCCGCUCGUCACCAAUGGAUUCAUGCUAACGAUACCGUUCGUGGUAACCGUGGUGCUGGAGCGGGAAGGCUCUGCGCUGGGCAAGGAAGCCCCGGAACCGGAAACACUGCAUCUGAUAGUGAAGAUAACGCCCGAUUGCAACAAGGAGAUGUACGAGAGCUGUCAAUUCGAGACACUGUUCGAGAAUGAAAUGAUCGCUUACACGGAAAUCAUCCCCGCUCUCGGAAAGGCAGAGCUGUAUCCCAGGUACUAUCACUGCGAGCGAAAACCAGCGGAAGCAUUAAUGGUAAUGAGCGAUUUUUCCUUUUCCGGCUGGAAAAUGGCCCCGAUGGUCGUCAACCUGCCAAUGGAUUACAUUAUGCUCGCCGUGACCGAGCUGGGGCGCUUCCAUGGCGAAUGUUACGGCUUGAAGGUGGCGCACCGCCCCCAGUUCGACAGCAUGAUUGCAAAGUUUAAGGAAUCUCGCUACGCCGCCGACAUUACGGACCACACGUGGAAAGCGGUCAUGACCGUUGCACCGAUGCGUGCCAUCAAAGCCCUGAAGGAGAGCCGGUUCAAGGGCCUGGUGCCGGCGGACUACCUGGAAAAGCUGGCCCGCCUGUUCCAGGAUCCGUGGGAGCACGCGAAGGGUAAGGUGAAGCCGCGCGAACCGCUCGCCGUCAUUUGCCAUGGCGACUAUCUGCGCAACAACAUGGCGUUCCGGUACGCAGAUGCGAAGAACCCAGCCCGACCCACUCAAGUGAUGAUGUUUGACUUUCAAACGCUGCGCUACGCAUCACCGAUGAUCGAUUAUGCUGCCUUCCUUGCCAACUCGACCGGGUACGCCGAGCGGGAGCACCAUUUCGAUACCAUCUUCCGCACCUAUCACGGUGCGCUGGUACAGACGGUGGCCACCGUCGUCGGCGUUUCCGAGCCCGCCGAUCUGCCACCGUACUUCAGCUACGAAUCAUUCCAUCGCGAGCUGGCCGAAUACUACUCGUACGGCUUUAACAUUGCGUCCGCGUUCCUGAUGAUACUGCACGAACCGAUGGAGAUAUCAUUCACCGAAAACAUCUUCACCGAGGAGGAAUCGGUGGCCGAUGCGUGGAAGCGGGGCGGCGAACCACUCGACCGGGAGCUGGCGGCAAUGGUGUACGAGAUGUACCGGCUCCACUCCCAGUACGGGCUCGAUCCGGUGUGAUCGGGUUUCUCCUGGAUAGGGCGAGCGGAUCGAUGGAAGUGCUGAACAGGCUCACCACAGCAACACGUGCGCACACCGUUGACUUGUGCGAUGGGUUUUAACGUUUUAAUUUUGCGCCACAAUGGUUAUUGAAGGGAAUGGUGUAUUUGGUGAAUAGUGAUAAAGGUUCUGGUAAGAGCAGCUUCCAUUAAGAUGCCAUCAAGCUUUUCAUUCCAGUAUGUGUGUGUGUUUUUUUUUUCUUUAUUGCGAUUGUUGCAUGAUUGAAUUUCGUGUUAUGCAAAACUGUAAAAUAAUAUUAAAGAUCUGGCAACGAGUGCUACUGAACGUCUGAUGUACCAUUUCAGUAAAGUCGAUACCUGAGUCCGAGUUAGGUAUUCCAUUUCAUUUAUUUCCAAUUUAUUCCUAAAACCUGAAGACUACACAGCGCUAUCGAAUGAAUCGAAAUCUAAAUUUCCAGGAAUAAAGAAAUUGCACUGCAGCUUACCAGUGGUCUCUGCGAUACUAGACCGGACAGGUUUGAUUAUCAUCUGAAUCGCCCCCUCAUGCAGUUCCUAAUAAUGGCUAAUCUUAUGGUGAGGGAAGUCCUAUAUAGUAUCAAGAAUCCAAAAAGAAACUGCUUUGAUUUGAGGCACUGAUUAAGCAAAAGUUGUAUUUUUGUUUACCUUUUGUACCUUUUGUUCUUGUAACAAUCAAUCUGUUUAACAAGCACUUGGCACGCAUCAUUACUUCCUGACUAAUUGGCAAAAUGCACACGAAUCUAAUGUAACAAGAAGGUUUGUUAUGGGCGUCUCCGAAACUCGAACAUUGUAUCCGCUUUUAGACGUACGUAUAUGUAAUAUUUUACCUCAUUCAUCCUAACUACAAGUAAUUAGUAAUUUCAAAUGAAUGGAUUACUAAAAAACCAGAACACGAAUGUCAGGAAAUGCAAACUAAAACCAUCUCGCUCUAUUUCA